GUCGCUCGCUGAUGACGUAGAAGAGAGAGGCGGUGCGGGUUUGCCACGUCGGUCUCUGUGCAACGCAUUUACACUGUUGCUUCUGAAGCCCGGGGCUAACUUUUAAAGCCGUUUUUAUGUGUUCACCCGGAGAGAAAGCGACCCUCCAGCCUUGUCGUAGCCCGUCGCCAUACCAGUGCACCCGGGAAUACUGAAGCUGGAAGGCGGAGAAAAAUGCUAGGUGCUGUCUGGACUCGUCAGGCUGGAAGCCACAUAUCUGACUGAUGCAUCCUUGUUCACUUCUUCCCCCCGUGUGUUGUUGGUCUGGCCGUACAUGGUGGCUCAUUGACGAAAAGGGGAGGAGUGCCGGUGGCUGUUGGUUGGUGGACGGCGUCCGUGGUUGCCACGGUAACUGGCGACCAUGCCAGGAGGUCGCAGGGGUCCCAGCAGACAGCAGCUAAGUCGCUCUGCUCUGCCGUCCCUGCAGACUCUCGUUGGAAGCAACCUCGGCAAUGGUAUAGGCCUCAGGAGCAGGAGCAGUAACGUGGUAGGUCUGUCUGCACCCCCUAUUUCGGCCCUCAUUACUCCGGAGCCGGUCCGUCACUCGAGGAUUCCCGAGCUGCCUUUGGACAGCAGCCUGCUGUUUGAGUUCCUGCUCUUUCUUUAUUUGCUGGUGGCGUUGUUCGUCCAAUACAUCAACAUCUACAGGACGGUGUGGUGGUAUCCAUACAGCCACCCUGCUGCCUCUACCUCGCUUAACUUUCAUCUAAUGGACUACCACCUGGCUAUCUUCAUCACGGUCAUGUUAGCCAGGAGGCUUGUUUGGACUAUAGUUUCAGAGGUGUCUCAGAGCAGCGGCAGAUCCCUGCUCCGCUAUGUGGUUGUCAUCGCAGCUCGGCUCAGCCUGCUGACCAUGUGUGGCUGGGUGCUCUGCUGGACACUGGUCAACCUCUGUAGGCACUACUCUGUGCUCAACCUCCUCUUCCUGGGAUACCCAUUUGGUGUGUACGUCCCGCUUUGCUGUUUCCAUCAGGAGGGAGGAAAAAGCCAAACGCCACCGGCUGACUGCGAUUACCCCACCAACCUCCAGCAGACCGACCUAACGGAGACCCCAAUCUUUCGACCACGAGACUUCCUCUUCCUGCUGCGUGAGAACCUCAGGGAGCAAUUUUCCAGUCCCCCGCACAUGCCUACGCACACCUGCCCACCACACACUCACUCUCACACACCCGAGAUGAUUCGAGCAGAAGUGGAGGAGCUGAAGAGCGACUUCAACCGGCGAAUCAAAGAAGUGCUGUUCAACUCGCUGUUCAGUGCUUACUAUGUAGCCUUUCUGCCGCUCUGCUUCGUUAAGAGCACCCAGUACUAUGACAUGCGCUGGUCAUGUGAGCAUCUGAUCAUGGUGUGGAUCAAUGCGUUUGUGAUGCUGAUGAGUCAGCUGCUGCCCCCCAGCUAUUGCGACCUGCUUCAUCGCUCUGCGGCUCACCUGGGCCGCUGGCAGAAACUGGAGCAUGGCUCAUACAGCAACGCACCUCAGCAUGUGUGGUCAGAAAGUACCAUUUGGCCUCAGGGGGUGUUGGUACGACACAGUCGAUCUCUUUAUAAGGCGGUCGGAACCUAUAACGUCGCUCUGCCUUCUGAUGUUUCCCAUGCAAGGUUUUAUUUCCUGUUCCACAAGCCGUUGCGGAUUCUGAACCUGCUGAUUUGGAUCGAGUCCAGUGUGGUUUUGUACCAGUUAUACUCUCUGCUGCGCUCUGAGCGCUGGAACCACACUUUGUCUCUGGGCCUUAUUCUCUUCUGCAACUACUAUGUCCUCUUUAAACUGCUCAGAGACCGCAUUGUGCUGGGCAAGGCCUACUCUUACCCUCUGUCCUCCAACAGUUUGGGGCUCAAGUCGCAGUAAGACCACAGUGAGACCUCACCGACGAACUCUGCAUGUGGAGGGGAGACGGGCGGAGGUCUGGUAAAGUGGAGCACUGGAGGGUUGUUUAGCGCUCACGCUUGGAGGUUAAGGGACAGACUGUGAACUCAUAAUCUUGUUUUGAUACGGUUAUAUUUUUAAUGCAAUGUUUAUAUAUACCUAUUUAAAAGAAUAUUUUUAUUUUGUAUACUGUUUCGAGUUACGCCGGGCAUUACCACGCUGAAGACGUUAGCAUGUUGUGUUAUGCUGUUGACAGGGAAGUCAUAGAAUGCCAGGAGGUGACUGUCACCAAAGAUAUUUUAAGUGCAGGUGGCCAAUCACAGUUUGAACUUGGCCUCCGCAAGUUGGUUAAACCAGACGAGCGAUUCAGAGCAGUGGGAGGGAUGGUGCCUGAGAUGCUGAAUCCUGAUUGGGCUGAUUUUCUUCAAUCCUGAGGCUCUUUGAGCUUAUAUUUAGAACCAGUUAAACUGAUGCAGCUCUUUGGGGUAAUGUUAGCAGGUAGUAUACACCGUCACUGCUUUCAACAUCUUCAACACAAUUUCAAGCAAAACUUCAACAUUUUAGGAAAAUACUGGUGGAGAGUCUGUCUAUCAAAUAUGAUGCCACAACACGCAGGUGGUUAGCUUAAUGUUAGCACAAAGACUGGAAACAAGCAAACAGCUAACCUGGUUCUGUCCAACAUAACAAAAUCUGCCUACCAGCACCUCUAAAACUCACUAAUUAUAACUAUUUUUCCUAAAAACAAAUUUAAAGAUUGACGUGUAAAAAAAAAAAGAAGAAGCAUAAAAUUAAAAAAAUGUUGUGUCGAGGUGAUUACGAAUUUUUUUGUGUCUCUUCAGUUGCCAGGCGCAGUAAGUUGUAAUGUCCCUGGCCAAGAAAUGGUAUGCCAUAUUACCCCCUGUAUCACAGCAAAUUGUCAUUCUUACACAUAUGGUUACUACUGCCUGCAGUAGCUUCAUAUUUAAUGGGCAGAAAAGAGAGUGGUGUUGCUUUUCCCCAUCAAAUUGUCAAACUUUUGCUUUGCCUCAGCAUUUAUUUUUCAGCCCCAUGGAAUGAACCUUUCCUACAAACUGACUUGAGAUCAGUCUGUAGGAAUAACCCCUUUGGGACUCUCCUAUCCACUGCCAUUUCAAAGAAUACUGUUUUCUUCCUCAUUCACUUUUGGUUGUUUUGUUUGUAUCAGUAUCUGCUUGUUUCACAUCAGGGCAGUUACAGCACCAGUCUUUACAAACCUACCCCAGAAUAUUAACAAGCGAUAGGGGACUGAAAUUUGGCAUCUUGAAACUUAAAGCAAACUUAAAAAUGUUUUAACAAAAAAUAAAACACUUCACCCUAGCUGUUUUUAUCUGGUCAUACAAUCAUGCGUGCCCUGGUUGUUGUUGUUGUUACUUAUCAAGUAUAACGUUUGAAGGGCUGCUGCUGUACCCAGGUGAUGAUUAAAAUCAACUUACUGAUGUCUGAUCGCACUUUGGCAUGCUAUAAAUGUUCUUGCUAUGAUAUAGCGUGUGACUCAUUUGUACUUUCUAAGAUGAUCCAGUCAAUGGUUAUUUUUUUCAAUUUUGGUGCCUAAAUGCUUAAACCAUAAUGCUAUUAAGAGACGUUCCGCAUCAGGUCCAUCUCUUUAGGGAUUGUCUGUAGAUAACAGAACAAAUGUGUCUGUUGGUACGUCCCAGAACCUAACCCUUCUCCCACUAGAAUUGUGUCAUUUUCAUCAAACUCUUAUGUGGAUAUGACAGCAGAGGAUGUAUUAAUAUUGACAUCUUCAUCAGUGAUGAAUGCAUAGGCUGGAGGGCAACGACUAUGUGUCACCCCAUUACCAGUUUGUUUUCUCAGUUACCAUAAUGGUGUUACGAACUGGUUGAUUUGCAUGUUGCUGCUUUUCUGUUAAGUCACACUUGGCGAAUAGCCAUUUCCUCUUUAUGAGCCUCCUUUCCUUCACCUGCUCCAACCUGCAGUUGGUGCCUAACUCCGGGCAGUAUUAAAGAUUAACAUCAGGACAUGAUUGUGAUUGAUUGUUAAGUAUUCAGAUAAAAAGGCGUUUUUGUUGUUUUUGAUCAGUAUGUUCAAGCCAAAAUAGAAAAUCGGAGGAUCAGUAUUUCCUGUGUGGUUGUGUGCUUCUGUCAACUUUCAUGUUGAGCUUAAAUGAGUUGGAGAAAACUGCUUCUAAGAAAAAUCUGUGUCUACAUCUGGAUCGCUGGUGUGAAAUCUUUUGAUUAUACAUACAUGCCAUACAUGUGCACAUUGGUCUUCUCUGUCUGCAAACUUGGCCCUUAAAUCUGCUCUUUGGUGCUUCUUUUUUUCCGCGGUUAUUUCCUCUUGAAUGUUGAGUAAUCUUUCAACUGAUAGCCUCCAAUUUUAGCACUAUUACUGAAAUUUCAGUUUUUUAAUGGGUGCACUUUUAUGUCAUCUUCUUAACUCCUGAGCCUUAUCUCAAUAACACAGAAAGUAGACGUUUAAGGUGUCCUUUAAAUCCUGCUGUCAGUUCUACUUGACUGUUGAGUCAUCCUCAAGUGAAACACAUUCACUCUCCUCUCUUUGUUUUGGUAAAACCCACUUUAUCAAAGCUGAAGAAGAGGAAUAAGAUUUGGAAAGAUUAUGUUCAAUCACCUGUUGACCACAUUGUCCCAAAGUGUACUUGAUCUUCCUCUAACCUACAUGAAAUUUGAAGACAAGAUUUAAGUAAAAUUAAUGCUAACAAUGUUUAUCUGUUUGUUACUU